AAGAGAAGGGGAAAGAAUCCAAACCCUUAUCAGAUAUGAUCUCCCUGCAAACAUCAAAACAGGUAUUAUCAGAGGAAAGCCUAACAAAGAAGAGAAAAAUGGAUGAUCCAACAGAGAAUUGUGAUGAUCAGAAGCCUAAAGACAGUCAGUUCGGAAGCAGGAAACCUGUUUUCAACUCCGAGUGGCAACGGUGCCUCGAUAUUAAGUCAGGGCAGAUAUAUUUCUACAACACAAGAACGAACAAGAGGGUACAAGGCGACUCGAGUUCAGGUCUAGAGCAACCUGAAUUUAGUACAGGUGCUCCGAUGAGCUUGGAGCUUGGACUCAAUCUAUCGAGUCAAUCUUGGGGGAGAGCACACAGCUCCAGGAGACAAGAGAUUUCUGAUUCUAUGACUUCCAACACUGUUAGGGAAGAUCACAAGAGACUUGCUCGUUCGCCAUCGUGGUUAACAUUCGAAGGUGAAGAACACGAGAUGGUGACAGCAGUGUGCAAGAAGUGUUACAUGUUGGUUAUGAUGUGCAAAUCUUCUCCCUCAUGUCCUAAUUGUAAAUUUCUGCACCCAUCAGAGGCAGAAUUAACAUAA